UCAACCAAGGGCCUUUUAAAGAAUUCGAAUUUUGACGAAACUUUAAAAAUAAUGACAUUAAAUGUAAAACGCAGUUUAAAUGACGCCACGUUUUUAAAUUGUGCAGGGAUUGUGUGAAAUAACAAAACAUGUUCUUGUGGAUUUUUUUGGUCGUUUUUGUUGGACAUCCGAUGAUAUUUGUUUAUGCUCAGCGACCUGAUAUUGUGGAUGAAAUUUUACCUGAGGUGAAGGUAAAAAACCAAACAGGCUACCUUAAUUGCACGGUGGUAAAUAAAGGCUCGGAAUCAGUUGUGCAAUGGACUAAAUCACAAACGGUCAAUGGAGGAAAUCCUAUUUUGUUAAGUGAAGAUGAAAAAAUAGUUUAUCAAGGCUACAAUCAGGGAAUAAACGAGGACUCUGGACUAAACAAAUACGAUAUACAGAGUCGUACAAACGGAAGAAGAAUCACCUACAUGUUGGUGAUCCGUUAUCUAGCAGAGGAAGACGCGGGAGAUUAUGUUUGUACAAUAAAGAUCCAAGGCGUAGAAGGGACAGACUGGCCUAAAAAGAUUGGCAAGCUAACGGUUCAAAGGGCUGUGUCAGAACUCUUAGAAUAUGGUUGUGUGCGUAGAGUACCAUUCAAACCUAUUGUUGUUAACCCAUUGAGCGUGGCGAUCAAUAGCUCUGGUAAAAAGAGAUUGAUUUUAGACUUAAGUGUUUUAAAUGUCUUUGUUAGAAAGGAUAAGAUCAAGUUUGAGGACUGGAAAGUAGCUGUUCAGUACUUUGAAAAGGAUUGUCACAUGUUUAAAUUCGAUCUCAAGUCAGGAAUGUCCUCUUCUCGUGAAUCUUGUAGUAAGCAUAGCGCUUUUGUUAAAGAUUCUUUAAUACAAGCUGGAUUUUUAGUGAAUGAAGAGAAGUCAGUUUUUGAACCUAUUCAGAAGUUAGAGUGGUUAGGUCUUGUGUGGAAUUCUACUGAGCAUUGUUUAAGCAUUCCAGAUAGAAGG